UUCAUGCUGCUAGGCGGGGAUAGCGGGGUUCCGGUGACGUCCGCAAUUCUCUCUCCCUGAUGUCGCCAUGCGAACAGAGACGGGCAGGAGCGGAGGAUGCUAGGCUGCGGCGCAUGCGCGGAGUAGCGGAUUAGCGGAUCAGGACUGGGCUCCACAUCACACGGCUGCUGCUGCCUGCUGUACUGUACCCGGCCGUGUCCAGCCCUAGGAUCCUUGCCCGGUGCCCGACCCAGCCUGCGCCGUCCUGGGAUGCCCAGUGCCGUUACCGGAUAGGGAGCAGUGAGUGCCUGUCAGAAGUAAGGGGCAUACCGUCAGCUUGCACUCAUGGGGUCCUGAUGUGUUGGAGAGUUAUUACCUGCUCUUGACAGAUUUUCCUAAUGUUCUUCUUGCUUACUUUGUGGCAACUAGCUGGGCAACCAGUUCCACAGGACACAAUGGUGAUGUCCAGUGUGGGUGACCCCUCUCAUGAGGGUACAGGCAUGGUCACUGGGUUGCCAGCAGUUAGCAUUCCUGGUACAGUAACCUCUGGGAGUCCAAAUUUCUCAAGGACGCUGGAAGAGCAACCAUUUACUAUCGAGCAGCCCAUGUUCCUUAUGACAACCACAGCUCAGGCCAUCUCUGGGUUCUUUGUUUGGACUGCAUUACUCAUCACUUGUCACCAGAUCUACAUGCACCUACGCUCCUACAGCUGCCCUAAUGAGCAGCGACACAUUGUACGAAUUCUCUUCAUUGUCCCAAUAUACGCCUUUGACUCCUGGCUUAGUCUCCUCUUCUUCACCAAUGACCAGUACUAUGUGUACUUUGAUACAGUCCGGAAUUGCUAUGAGGCUUUUGUUAUCUACAACUUCCUAAGCCUUUGCUAUGAAUAUCUUGGGGGAGAAAGCAAUAUCAUGACAGAGAUCCGAGGGAAAUCCAUUGAGUCCAGUUGUAUUUAUGGCACAUGCUGCCUAUGGGGAAAGUCUUAUUCUAUAGGCUUCCUGCGCUUUUGUAAACAGGCUACCCUUCAGUUUUGUGUGGUGAAACCUCUCAUGGCAGCAAUCACAGUAAUACUGCAAGCCUUUGGCAAGUACCGGGAUGGUGAUUUCAAUGUGGCCAGUGGUUACCUCUAUGUGACUAUUGUAUACAACAUCUCAGUCAGCCUAGCUCUCUAUGCGCUCUUUCUCUUCUAUUUCGCCACACGAGAGCUGCUUAGUCCCUACAGCCCUGUGCUCAAGUUCUUCAUGGUGAAGUCAGUCAUUUUCCUUUCCUUCUGGCAAGGCAUGCUGUUGGCUAUAUUGGAAAAGUGCGGAGCCAUUCCGAAAAUCCAUUCUGCUGAGGUUACUGUGGGUGAGGGCACAGUAGCUGCUGGAUACCAGAAUUUUAUUAUAUGUGUGGAGAUGUUCUUUGCAGCCAUAGCUCUACGUUACGCAUUUACUUACAGAGUAUACGUAGACAAGAGGCUGGAUGCCCAAGCUGUUCCAACCUACGGUCCCUACGGCCGCUGUGCCCCCAUGAAGAGCAUCUCAAGUAGCCUAAAGGAGACCAUGAAUCCUCAUGACAUUGUGCAAGAUGCCAUCCAUAACUUCUCACCAGCCUAUCAGCAAUACACCCAGCAAUCCACCCUAGAGCAGAACAAUAGCUGGCGCAAUGGACAGAUCAUCUCUCGUUCACAGAGUCUGUCAGGUGCUCGUGAUACGGAGAAGACUCUGCUCCUGAGUUCUGAUGAUGAAUUCUGAUCUGAUAGAAGAGACAGCCUGACUGGCAGCCUGACCAACUUCUGGAGGAGGAUACAACCAUACAGCUGUAGCUUGUCUGAAAUAUUAUUUCCUGAUUUUCCUUCUUUUUGACCAAAUUCUGUGCUGACAUUUUUUCCUAUGAAUCCUUUGCAAACAUACACUAUCCAUGUAUAGAGGGUCUUUAGAGAAGAGCCCUGUAUAUGCUUUGGUCAAGUAGGUUUGUUGCAGGUUGAGAUCGUAUUUGUGUACCUUCUGAACAGAUUCUCCAGCUGAGGUUUUUCUUACUGCCAAUUUCAUACAAAAUUAAUUUUAUGUUGCAAUUAUCCUAAUGCUUUGGAGCAUAAUGUUGCUGGUAAAAAGCUGGUCUUAAUUUGAUUUCUAUGUAAUCCAAUCGGUCACUGAACAUUGAUUGGGUGCAAUGGGAUGUCAAUAUCCUGUUGCAUAUAAUCCUGACUGAUCUCGAUGGUAAGUACUGGGGUUAGGGUUAGGCUGCUGGGGGAUAGAUGAGGGAUUUUGGUAAGUAUUUUAACCCUAGUGAUUUUGAAGAUCGGGAUAUCGAUACCAACCUAAUGCAAUAGGACUGCACUUUUGUGGACACUGUUCAACCACCUGUGUGUAGUUGACAGAAUGGAUUAUUGUUCAGGAACUGAAAUCAAAAUUUCUAGUAUGGUUUAUGUACAGUGUUGCCAUUGGCCUAAGUUAAUCACAACCUGCAACAAGCCUAUAUAUUUGGUAUAAUUAUCCAUCAUAGUCUUAUUGUUGAAGCUACAUGGCUUUAAACACAAGUGAACAGUAGAUACCAUUCUGUCCCUUGAGUCUGUUGUCAUCAAGAUAUUUCCGAGCUACGUAGCAUAACACCUUAACACUGUAACAGCUGAACAUUCCUUUUGUGCUGAUUGUUGCAAAUUCUAAGUAUCUUUUUUCUAACCUAUCCAGCUACUGCUUGCUGUAUCACUAAAAAUGAGACUUCGCAGUCCUACUUGAUCCACUUGCCAGUCUUUAGUAGCUAAUACCAACCUAUUACCAGUGAUUUGGAUAGAUUAAGGGCACUUUAGUCUCCUGAAGCUGAUUUCUUAAUUGUGCCUAGUACCUAGAAAGCUAUGAGCUAAACGUGGUUUUAUAAAAUCUUUUUUUGUACAGAUGGAGUAAAUUCUGAUUUGUGCCCUCUUCUUCAGCCCCCUGCCUUACAGCAUCUAGGAGGUGGCCUCAUUACAUGAAUGCAAAUUACCAUAGAGGGAGAUAGGUCAACUUUAAUGUCUCUGAGGGAAAAGUACACUGAGCAGGCAGAUACAGUAGAUUAGAAAGCUUUUAUAGAAAUAAGAUCCUUUUCUUCAGCAGGAAAGGAUUAUACAUUCUCUUAGCUUCGAUCACAAAUUGGGGCCAUUGCUUUGUUUAAUAGUGGUGAAUAAGGCUGGUGUAAGGGGACAUCUUGAUUAGUAUGCAUAUUCACUAUCCUACUCUGGGACCAUUGUAUAAAGAGUAGAUGUGUCGCAUAUAGGACAACAUGUUAUCCUAUGUGAGUGUGGACGUGCUUUUGAUAGCAGAUGCAGAAUAUUAAUGCAUGAGUUACACUAUUGUGCAAUAUAUCUGUUCAUGUUUCUAUUUUCUCUUAUUAAACCCAGACCACAGACACAAAGCAGCACAGAACAGGCGUAGGUCAUGUACACACACACUUGGUGGGUAUAGCAUACCUGACACUAUAUGAAACACUGAAGAGUGCAGAGAAUGUACACUUCACUAGUUGGGCCGUGGCCGUAGUAUGUUCUAUAGCCCGUCCAGUAUUUACAAGUGUGUGUGUGUACAGUCCCUUUGCAUUUUUCAUGUUUUGUUGCUUCACAACCUGGAAAUAAAAUGGAUUGUUUAAAGGCUUGCAUCAUUUCAUUCACAGAACAUGCCUACAACUUUUGAAGAUUUUUUUUAUUAUUUUUUUUUAUUGUGAAGCAAACAACAAAUAGGACAAAAUAACAGAAAGCUUCAGCGUGCAUAACUAUUCACCACCCUAAAGUCAGUAUUUUGUAGAUCCACCUUUUGCUGCAAUUACAGCUGCAAGCCACUUUGGAAAAGUCUCUAUGAGCUUGUCACAUCUUGCCAAUGGGAUUUUUGCCCAUUCCUCAAGGCAAAACUGCUCCAGCUCCUUCAUGUUGGAUAGUUUCUGCUUGUGAACAGCAAUCUUCAAGUCUGACCACAGAUUCUCAAUUGGAUUGAGGUCUGGGCUUUGACUAGGCCAUUCCAACACAUUUAAAUGUUUCCCCUUAAACCACUCGAGUGUUGCUUUAGCAGUAUGCUUCGGGUCAUUGUCCUACUGGAAGGUGAACCUCCGCCCCAGUCUCAAAUCACAGGCAGACUGAAACAGGUUUUGCUCAAGAAUAUCCCUGUAUUUAGCACCAUCUAUCUUUCCCUCAAGUCGAAACAGUUUACCAGUCCCUGCUGCUGAAAAACAUCCUGACAGCAUGAUGCUGCCACCACCAUGUUUCACUGUGGGGAUGGUGUUCUUAGGGUGAUGGGAUGUGUUGGCUUUGCACCAGACAUAGCGUUUUCCUUGGUGGCACCUUCCUCCAUACAUUUGGGGAGUCGUCCACAUGCCUUUUGGCAAACUCAAAACGUGCCUUCUUAUUUUUAACACUAAGUAAUGGCUUUUUUCUGGCCACUCUUCUAUAAAGCCCAGCUCUAUGGAGUGUACGGCUUAUUGUGGUCACGUGCAGAUACACCAGUCCUUGUUGUGGAACUAUGCAUCUCCUUCGAGGGUUACCUUUGGUCUCUGUGCUGCCUCACUGAUUAAUGCCCUCCUUGCCCGGUCUGUGAGUUUUGGUGGCUGGCCCUCUCUUGGCAGGUUUGUUGUUGGUACCAUGUGCUUUCCAUUUGAAGAUGAAGGAUUUGAUGGUGCUCUGGGGGAUCAUCAAAGAUUUGGAUAUUUUUUUUUAUAACAAAACACUGACUUGUACUUCUCAACAACUUCGUCCCUGACUUGUUUGGAGAGCGCAUUGGUCUUCAUGGUGUGAUGCCGCUUGCUUAGUGGUGUUGCAGCCUCUGGGGCCUUUCAGAUAAGGUGUGUUUAUACUGACAGUUCAUGUGACACUUAGAGUGCACACAGGUGGACUUCAUUUCACUAAUUAUGUGACUUCUGAAGGUAAUUGAUUGCACCAGAACUUUUGAGGGGCUUCAUAGCAAAGGGGGUGAAUACAUAUGCACAUGCCAAUUUUCUAAUUUUUAUUUAUAAAAAUUAUUUUUUUAUAUAAAUUUUUCUCACUUCACUUCACCAACUUAGACUAUUUUGUGCAUAUCCGUCACAUAAAAUUCAGAUAAAAAAUUAAAAUAAAAUUACAGGUUGUAAUGUAACAAAAUAGGUAAAAAGCCAAGGGUGGUGAAUACGUUAGCAAGGCACUGUAUGAACAGCGCAUUCUUGAUUGGUUCUAUGAGUUUGUUUUACUGCAUUCACCUAUCUAUUAACACAGCUCAGAACAUACAUUGGGCACUUGGGGAAAAAAGCAGUCAUGCCUGUAUAUUUCAUUUAAUGGAGGCCAACCAAGAGGUCUGCAUCUAGAUUUCAGCCAAUAUAAAGACUGCAGUCAGGCUGUCGACCUAUAUCUUCCAUUUGCUUUUCUCUGUUAGAAAAUAUUUAUAUUUAUUGAAAAGUGGCGAACAGACAUAAAUUACCUAUUAUGCCCUUUCGCUUAUUCCCUGCUAUUUAACUUGCACUGCCAAAGCAGACUGAAACAGUCUAUUUUGGCAGUGCAGAGAUUAAAUAAAGUAGUUAUAUUUUUAUAAAUAUUUGUAGAUACAUUUUUUUUUCUCUACCAUGUUGCAGUGAGUUCUAAGUUUUGUCAUAUGUUAACACUACAGAAAUGUAUUCUUCCUAAACUGCAGGUGCUGCAUUUGAUUACAAUGGCUCAGAGCCUUCCCUGCUGUCUGUAUUGCGGCAUUGGAACGGUACAGUACAUUGUAGUGUAGCACUUGUGGAUUUAUUUUAUUUUUUUUAUCUUAGGAAAAGCAUUUUCUUAACACUUGAAGAUGUUUUAAAUUAGAUGCAUUGUGGAAAUGGUUCGGAUCGAGAGGUUCAUAUAUAAGAUCCCUGUUAGGUGCAAUAUCAGAGAUGUUGGCGAUUGUGUGGAUUUUUAUUUGUGUUACCUAAAAAAAAAAAAAAAUUUUAAAAUAAUGAAAUAGAUGUGUGGUGGUUAAUUAUUUGAUAUAAACAUUAUUUACGUUGUUUAAUUCUUUACAUAUUCACAAACAAAGGGGCUGGGUACUACAGCCUGCUCAAAGAUAGGCAUUUGUGCAAGUAUUUAUAAAUAAAAAAAUUAAAAAAAACAUCAAACUA